AUAAUCCGGAACUGAUAUUAGGAGCGUAAGUUUGUAAUAGGGAGCAGUAUCGAGAGCGGACCAGAACAUCAGCUGCUUGCGGAACUUCCGGUUUUAUCUCGCCUGCCGUGCUGAACGUGAUUUAAUGAGCUGUUUCUUACAGGAGCGAUAUCGGGGACGGACGUGUAGGUCAACUUCCGAUUUGAUCUCGUCAGUCGUGCGGGGAGUCAUUUCAAGUGUGAUCAUCAUAUCCAUCUGAUGGAAGACUAGAGGAACGAUGAGCUUUAUCCUCUAAAUCUGCAUUAAACUACACCACACAAGUGCAGGAGUCACCCUGCAGCUCCACUGUCCAGUUUACUAGUUAACCUGUAAUAACCUGAGAGUUGCGUUGUUGAGCACCGCUAUUUGCGUCCACGAUGCCGAAGAAGAAAACGGGAGCUCGCAAGAAGGCUGAAAGCCGCAAAGAGCGCGAGAAACAGAAUCGAGCCAACCGAGAGCACGUUGAUGUCGCGAAGCAUCCGUGCAACUUUUCUAUGGAUUGUGAUAAGUGUCUGAGACGACAGAAGAACAGAGCUUUUUGUUACUUCUGCGCGUCGGUACAGAAGCUCCCCAUGUGCGCUCAGUGCGGUAAAACGAAGUGCAUGAAGUCCUCUGACUGUGUGAUUAAACACCCCGGGGUCCACAGUACAGGCAUGGGCAUGGUGGGGGCGAUAUGUGACUUCUGCGAGGCCUGGGUGUGCCAUGGAAGGAAAUGUCUGGGCACACACGCCUGUUCCUGUCCUCUGUCCGAUGCCGACUGCAUCGAGUGUGACCGCAGUGUGUUUGAACACGGAGGCCGCAUCUUUCGCUGCUCUUUCUGUCACAACUUCCUGUGCGAGGACGAUCAGUUUGAGCAUCAGGCCAGCUGUCAGGUUCUGGAGGCAGAGACUUUUAAAUGUGUCUCAUGCAAUCGCCUCGGCCAGCACUCGUGUCUCCGAUGUAAGGCCUGCUUCUGUGAUGAUCACGCUCGGAGCAAAGUGUUCAAGCAGGAGAAAGGCAAGGCACCUCCGUGUCCUAAGUGUGGCCACCAAACACAGGAGACUAAAGACCUCAGCAUGUCUACUCGGAAUCAUAAGUUUGGCCGGCAGAGCGGCGCUGAUGAUGACGGCUACUAUUACGGAGCAUCGGGAUACGACGCCUAUUGGAAAAGCGUCGCCUCCGGAGGAGCCGCAGACCAGGAAGACGACGACGAUGGAGAUUACGAGGACGAGGAAGACGACGAUGAGGAGGAGGAGGAUGACGACGAGGACGAGGAAGACGAGGAAGUUGAAGAGGACGUUGCCGAAGCGGCGGAAAAGCUCAGUGACAUGAGUCUCGGUGUGAGCUCGACCAGUGAAAACAAGUGAAGUCACAACUGUUCUGAUGUUUAUGGCAACGUUCUAUUAUUAAAGAUGCCGUUUUAAGUCCGACACGUUCGAUACAAUUGGUGAGCGUUUGAAUGAAAUUAAUGUUCUCUUCUCCCUAUUUGAUUUUAAAUAAUUUGGUAAAAUCCGCUAUACAGUUCGAAUUUCCGCACACCUGAAUGUAAUUACUAUUAUAUUCAAACAGAAGGUCAGUUAUAGUCAAUAUGGUGCCUUUAGGACAGUUUUAUAAAUAUAAAGUUUCAUAUCGAGUAACAUAUUUCAGACACAAUACUAUACACAAUAGAUAAAUGGAUAAAUCUGGAUAGCUAAGGCUUCCUCGCAGUGUACGUUCCCAUUAAAGGUGCAUCAGGUGA